AUGCUAAUCAUUUUAUUUACUUUCUUCUUUUCGGGAACUUUCUCUCUGAAGCCACUCGGUCGCUCAUACGAAAUUUCGGACACUAUUAAUCCAGGCUUUGGUGUUGAGUAUUGUGUCAUUCCGAAAACUGGUUCAACGGUGACGAAAGAGAUUCUCUGUGAAAUUUUACGCGCCUACAAAGGAAAGCCCCAACGUGACCCGAAACGUGGCCAUUCAAUCAAUCUGACAAGUGAAUGCGAGAAAAGAGGAAACUAUCUCUUUGAUUUGACCACAAAAUGGCAGCGACCUCUGCUGGAAACGAUCAAAUUCACGACAGUUCGAGAUCCGGUCGAGCGAUUUGUCUCAAUUUAUGGAUACAUUUGUCCAGGCUAUUGGUGCCCUCCAUCCAUUCGAAACAUUCAUCAAUUUGCUCGGUGGUUGUACAACGCGAAGAGAAACGAAAACGGAAUGAUGGCGAGAGUGCAAACGAAGAAGACCGACUACGUUCUUUGGCACUCGGCUCCACAAACGAGUUUUUGCGGAAUCGGAAGCGAAACCGUUCACAUUGUGCAUCAUUCACGCGAUCGAGGAAAGAUGCGAGGGGAAAUGCUUAGAGUUCUUCGAAAAGCACACGUUCCAAAUAAUGUGGCCAAUAAAGCUUUGCGUCAUUUGUUCUCAUCGACCACCGUUCACGCCUCUCGAUCGAACGCCGAAAGGAAAAAAUUGCUCAAGGCGGCUCGGAAUCCACAGACAAUGGUCUAUAUAAAAGCCAUUUAUCACCGAGAUUUUCGAUUUCUCAAAGAACACAAGCUGCAAGAU